AUGGGAUUAUAUUUUCAGUUAAUAUCUUCAGUGGAUCAGUUUAAUGACUUUGUCUUUGAAUCACCAUCCGAAAAACUCGAGAUCCUCGAAAUAACCCAAUCUAGCAAUUAUCAUGAUCUUAGAUACUCUGUAAUAUAUGGGUUGAACCAAUUGUACUCUUCAAAGAAUCCAAAUAAUGCGAACUAUGAAAUAUCAUGGCUUUUACUGUCAAAUCUUUUAAAAACUUUCAUUGUUGAUAUUUUAAAGGAAAAUACCAAUAAUAAUAAUGUGCAGGAACAUGAUAUACAUGUACAAACUCUUUUGCUUUUGAAAUCCAUUCAUUCCAGGUUAUCAUCAUCUGAGCAUCUUAGAAUAAUGAUAAAAGAUGGAUUGGCGAAGGCAUUACAUUGCUUGAUUUUAACAAACAAUUGUUGGAACGAAGCAAUUGAAACGUUCAUGCAAUAUAGUGGUGUCAGCGAUGAGGUGAUGAUAAAUAACGCUAUGAUAGAUAUGACGCUUUAUAUUUUUCAAAAAUUAGUGGUUCCGGAACUAAAGCAUGGAAUUACCCAUCAAACCCCAUUUAUUUUACCAUCAAUAGAAUACCUCACCGCUUUUUUCUCAAACAGUUCGGUGUAUGAUGAUAGAAUUGUUCCCGAGGUUAAGAAAAUUUUAAGACUAAUAUGCCGUUUUAUUGAAAAAUCAGGUUAUUGGUUUUCAAAAUCCAAUGAAUUUUUCUACUCCAACGACACCUUGAUCAUAAGCUGCUUGGAUUUUUAUGUAAAAGUUUAUUCCUUGAGACACCGUACGAUCUUAAAAGUUUUAGAAUCCUUCAAAAAGCGGCUUUGGAAAGACGUUUGCAUUACAUGCCAACAUCCAAAAUUACUGAGAUCGGUGAAGCUUCUGGGUAUUAAUCUUAUGUUUUUACUUGUUGAAUAUGAAAACACUAUACGCGAUGAUUUGAAACAAAAGAUCUGGAAGUGUUGCUUCGGGAUGUUGAAAGCGGACUGUGAAAAUUUGCAAUGCAUGAAUUAUCAAUCAGAGGCAAUAAUUUUGGAAUUAUUAACAAUAACAAGUUAUGAGCUCCCACAAUCUAGUAUGGUUGGAAACUAUCUGAUGAAAAGAAACUUAGUAGAUCGAUACUUGAGCCAAUGGACAAUCUUCGUUGUAGAUACGAUCCAAACUUUUUGUGAUGCGUUACUGCACUGGGAGUUUUAUACAUCAUUUGAAUGGAAGGAAACCACAGAUAAUUACGAUUUAAAGACUAUGACCACGGCUCCUGAAAUCAACCAUGAAUUUUUAGAGAAACUAAUAUUGGUAGGAUCAAGAAUUUCAACUGAUGGAGCGUUCUUGCAAAACUUACGUAAGGAGUUAUUGGACCUUGAAAUUUUGAACAAUCUAACUAAUAAUGUUUCCAAUUUGAAGGUAGGAACUUUGAUAAAUGUUCUAAAUAUAAUGAUAACCUUACAGAAGAUUAAUAUUAAUGUUGAUGAUGCAUAUUUAUUUAAAUUGUCAGUGGCAUUGGAAAUCCACAAUGAUGAGGUCAAGUGUUUGGUGAUGAAAAUUUUUUCAAAUAACAUUAAGUUCAAUCAAAGUAUUCCUCAUUUUGUCCAACAAAGAGAGAUAAUUUGUAAAAUUUCUUCAUUAAAUAUCACAUCUCUGAUGAAAUUGCAAAACUCUUCAAUGGAACUUAUUUCUUUACUCUUUGAAAAUUCAUCAUCUCUGCAGGCUGACCAGCUUUGCCAAAUAUUUUUUGAGUUGCAGCUCCUUGAAUUUCAAAUGCCCAAAUUCAUUCAUAGGUUCCCAGUAUUUUCUUUCCGUAUCCUUGACCGGUUCUUAAAAUUACCUAUUUAUCAUGCUACCAUUGUCGAUUCGCGGAUUAUGAACAUUUUGGUAUCACAAUUCCACAUACAUCGAAUUUAUAGAAUUGAAAUUCUUAAAUUAUUGAAUCUAUUUUGUCAGUACUGCACAUCAACAGAGUUACUAACACGGAUGAAUUUCAUUUCGAUCAUUCCAGUUCUACAAUUAGAAGGAUCAUCCUCGAUUGAUAAUGGAAGUUUUUCAAAAGAGUGCUUGCAUCUCAUUUGUUUAUUAAUAAGAAAAUCUUCUAGGUAUCAUCACCAAAUUACCUUGGAAUACGGAGCAACGUUAGUUAAAAUAUGUUGGACUCAUUGGGAUAUUAUGAAAUUACAAGCGGAUCUAUCAACGGGAGAAUUGGAAUUAAAAGACAUUACUUGGUUGUUAAAUUCUAUUGGAAUUAUGCCAAAUACAAUGAAACAACCAAGAUGGUUGUCCAAUCUCGGUGAAAUUUGGAAAAAUUUAGAUCGGGUGACAAAAACUGGUCAAAGAUAUAAGUAUUAG